AGCCCAUCAUCUUUUUAUUAUUAUUACUGCAUUAAAUACUACAUUUAAUUACCUUACUAUUUAUCUUAGCAUGAUUUCUACGUUUUUUCGGCGGUCUAUUUUGACUCAUAAAUCCUAUAUUCCUUAUGGCAGACAAUUCGCAAAUAAGGCAAGCUUCUUGCAAGAGCAAAUCCCUGAAACAGACUAUUUUGAAAAUUUGAAACAAGCUAUACAGAACCACAAUCAAAACUGGUCAGAAAUAAAACAGUCUUUAUUGAAGUCCCCAGGAAAUUUAAAUCAUAAAAAUGUGGAUGCUAUUAUGUUAAAAUUAAUGGUGAACAAUAAAAUACUUGAUACAGCCCAAUCUUUUGCUAAUUAUUUACAAAAUGAAGAUUCACUUACUUUAGGUUCAACCAAUGGCUUAUUAGGUCUUUAUUAUGAAAUUGGAAAAACAAGAAAAUUGUCUGAUGCAGAGAGACAAUUUAUAUUGGAUACUUAUAAGAUACUGUAUGAUAAAUACAAGAUUUUAGAUUCUACCACAAGUGAGAAACUGUUACAUGCUCUCUGUGUUAUUGAUGAAACAAAAAAAGCCUUAAGGGUGUUGGAUGAAAUUCAUUACAGCGGGGUCCCCAGUCAUUCCGCAUAUAGUACUCUGGUGGCUACACUAUUUAGAAUUAACAAGAAAGCUGAAGCAUUGGCCCUAAUACAAAGAGGUUUAAAUGAUAAGAGACCAAUACUUUAUGUUGCAUAUGAGCAAUGGAUUAAUUACAUAAUGAGGAAGUAUAAAACAAACAGUACCAUUAUUAAGUAUUUGGAUGAAAUCUGUGUACAUAUUGCUAGAAACUGUUUAACAUUGGAUGUUGAUACAUCAAAAAAAUUAGCAGAAACAUAUUCUUCAUUGGGCUGGAAAGCUCAGUUUUCAACUAUAAGCCGACACAGUGGCCUCUGUGAGUGCUGCAAUGAGACAUUAAAAUGUUUAAAAGUAACAUCAGACGAGUUUCAAGAACUUCAAAAGAAUGUGAAAGAAAAGCUGAUAGUUGGGUCCGACUUGUUCCUAAAAACGUCCCCAGAAGAAUUGCAGAGAUUUUUAAGCUUUGUUGAAAAGACGGCCCCUUAUGAUAUAGUCCUGGAUGGAUUAAAUAUAGCUUUAGCUGUUGGGUCACCGGAUAACAGACUAAGAGCUACUUUUUUGAAGGCAGUUGUUGAUCAUUUUAAAAGGCAAAAUAAGAAAAUACUUUUAUUAGGAAGAAAGCAUAUGCUGAAAUGGCCUAAGCAACCUUUAGAGUACUUGAAAAAUAAUACUAGUUACUUCUUUACUGAUAAUUUAUCACAAGAUGACCCAUACUUCAUCACAGCUGCCAUCCUAAGUGGGCCCCACACAGAUAUAGUCUCAAAAGACCUGCUCCGAGGCCAUAUGUUUAACUUGAAACAUGAAGACCUCAGACACAUAUUCAGGAGGUGGCAGUGGCAGCAUCAGUGGAUGGUGUUUGCCAGUCGGGGAAGACCUCAAAUAAUGGCGCCGGUGAAAUUCACGCCCUUCGCACAGAGGGCAGAUGCUGGCUGGCACUUACCUUAUGAUAAAGAAGACCCUAGAAGCACUGGACAAGUCAAUUUGGGGCUACCUAACUUAACUAAUUGGCUGUGUCUAAAAUCGAAUGUUGUUAGUAAAUGAAAUAUACAAUAUUAUAUUUAAACACC